AUCUCUGCUCUUUGUCCCCUCCCCUCUCCCGCCCUCACCUCCACGCUCGGCUGUCUCCGCCAAGCAGCUCUGCGCACUUUGCCCCUUGUUGGCAGCGGAUGAAAGGUGCCUGAGGAAAUACCCCGCACCGUCCACCCACUGCCAGAUCUACUCCUUAAAUUCCGAGCCCAGAGAGAUCCGCGCACAGCGGAUCGGGCCUGCACAACCAUCCAGCGUGCAACAGCAGAGAGGUGUUCCGAGCGCAGCUCCACCGAUCGCCCCGCUCAAGCGGGCCCCUGAACCGAAGUCCACCCUCAGUUUCAGCUGUGCCAAAUUCGCUCCGCAGCCUCAGCCCCGGGAGCGUGAUCCCAGCACCCGAGAGCCAGAUGCCCGCCCACAUGCUGCAGGAGAUAUCCAGCUCCUACACCACCACCACCACCACCACCAUCACAGCGCCUCCCAAGGGGACCCUGAAGAAUGGGGGAGAGAAGUUGGAGAAGACCCCUCUCUACUUGGGGGAAGAUAUACGCCCUGAAAUGAAAGAUGACAUAUACGACCCCAGCUAUCAGGAUGCAGAGGGCCCCAGGCCCGAGCUUGAGUAUGUCUGGAGAAACAUCAUCCUCAUGAGUUUGCUGCACUUGGGAGCCCUGUAUGGGAUUACAUUGGUUCCCACCUGCAAGUUCUACACUUUGCUCUGUGCCUAUGUGUACUAUUUAAUCAGUGUCCUGGGCAUCACUGCAGGAGCUCAUCGCCUGUGGAGCCACCGAACUUACAAAGCGCGACUGCCUUUGCGGCUCUUCCUGAUCUUUGCCGACACCAUGGCGUUCCAGAAUGAUGUUUAUGAGUGGGCCCGAGACCACCGUACCCACCACAAAUUCUCAGAAACACAUGCCGACCCUCAUAACUCCCGCCGGGGCUUCUUCUUCUCUCACGUGGGUUGGCUGCUUGUGCGCAAACACCCAGCUGUGAAAGAGAAGGGGGGGACACUGGACCUGUCUGACCUAAAAGCUGAGAAGCUGGUGAUGUUCCAGAGGAGGUACUACAAGCCCGCUGUCCUGUUGAUGUGCUUCAUCCUGCCCACACUGGUGCCCUGGUUCUGUUGGGGUGAAACUUUUCUACACAGCUUGUGUGUGGCCACUUUCCUGCGAUAUGCUAUAGUACUCAACGUCACCUGGCUGGUGAACAGUGCUGCCCACCUCUAUGGAUACCGCCCUUAUGACAAGAACAUUGAUUCUCGGGAGAAUAUACUUGUUUCUCUGGGAGCUGGGGGUGAGGGUUUCCACAACUACCACCACUCCUUCCCCUAUGACUACUCUGCCAGUGAGUACCGCUGGCACAUCAACUUUACCACGUUCUUCAUCGACUGCAUGGCUGUCCUCGGCCUGGCUUAUGACCGGAAGAAAGUAUCCAAGGCCGCUGUCUUGGCCAGGAUUAAAAGAACUGGAGAUGGAAGCUACAAGAGUGCCUAAGUUUGGGGUUGUCCAGGUUCCCUUUCUAAAGCCAUCUGGGCAGAGGUUUAAUGUUCUGUUGAUUAACUACUGAAUAAUGCUACCAGGUUGCUAAAAGUGAUGACCUUAACCCAUUCCAGUACAGUAUUCUUUUAAAAUGCAAAAGCUUUGAUAAUUUUUUGAGGUAAUACAUAUUUUAAUUAGCUAGUUUUAACCAUUCCACAAUAUACAUGCCUCCAAACAUAUUGUACAUGAUGAAUACAUACAAAUUUAUGUGUCAAUUUUUUAAAACUAAUUAAUAAAUUUGAAUAUUCUAAAAAGGA